AUGGAGACAGCUAUUAUUUACAAGUUUGAUUUGAGCUGCCAGAAAAUAUGGAGAGCAAAGCGUUUUGCAGUAGCCGGAGAAUCUUACAACGAAUUCUCUAGAAGAACAAACAAACCAACAACUCGCCGGAGAAAAACAACUAUUGCCGCCGACGAAGACGAACCUAAGUCCAAAGGCAACGCUGCAUUCGCAUCCGGUAACUUCACCGACGCCGUGCUCCACUUGACUGAAGCAAUCAAUCUCUCUCCUAACAAUCACGUUCUCUACUCUAACCGAUCAGCAGCUUACGCUUCCUUGAACAAAUUCUCCGAAGCCUUAAUUGACGCUGAGAAAACCGUUGAACUGAAACCGGAUUGGUCUAAAGGUUAUUCUCGGGUAGGCGCUGCUUAUUUAGGUUUGAAUAACUAUAACGACGCCAUUUUAGCGUAUAGAAAGGGUUUGAAAAUUGAUCCUAAUAAUGAAGUGUUGAAAUCCAGGUUUUCGGAUGCUCAGUCGGGUCAGGGUCGAGGUAGAGGUCCGAGUAGUUCGUUUGGUGAUGCAUUUUACGGGCCGGAGAUGUGGGCUAAGUUGACGAGUGACCCGAGGACCCGAACGUAUUUGCAACAACCGGAUUUUGUAAGAAUGAUGCAGGAUAUACAGAAGAAUCCGAACAAUUUGAAUCUUUAUAUGAAAGAUCAGAGAGUAAUGCAAGCGUUUGGAGUUUUGUUAGGGAUGAAAUGGGAUACUAGGACGCCAAAGGAGGGUGUAAAGAUGCCGGGAGGUUCACCGGAGAGGAAAAGACGAGCAGAGAGUGAGCCCGUGAAAGAGGAGAAACGGGCCGGGUACAAGGCACAUCGCGUACCUCAGCCCAAACCAGUGGAAGUGUCGGAGGAGGAGAAGGAGUUGAAGGAGAGGAAAGUGUUGGCGCUGAAGGAGAAGGAGGCAGGUAAUGCGGCGUAUAAGAAGAAGGAUUUUGAGAAUGCUGUUCAGCUUUAUACUAAGGCAAUUGAGCUGGAUGAUGCUGAUAUUUCUUUUCUUACUAACCGUGCUGCUGUGUUCUUGGAGAUGGGAAAGUAUGAGGAUUGCAUGAAAGAUUGUGACAAGGCUGUUGAAAGGGGGAGGGAGCUCAGAUCAGACUAUAAGAUGAUUGCUAGGGCUCUGACUCGAAAGGGAACUGCCCUUGUGAAGAUGGCAAAAAUUUCAAAGGAUUAUGAACCUGCAAUUGAAACUUUCCAAAAAGCUCUUACUGAACAUCGUAACCCUGAGACACUGAAAAAACUCAAUGAGGCUGAGAAGGCGAAGAAAGAAUUGGAACAACAAGAGUAUUGUGAUCCCCAAGUAGCAGAUGAGGAGCGUGAGAAAGGUAACCAGUUUUUCAAAGAGCAGAAGUAUCCAGAAGCAGCUUCACGUUAUACAGAAUCGUUAAGGAGGAAUCCUAAAGAUCCAAGGACAUACAGCAACAGGGCUGCCUGCUACACAAAAUUAGGUGCACUGCCCGAGGGCCUUAAAGAUGCAGAGAAGUGCAUCGAGCUUGAUGCAACGUUUGCAAAGGGUUACACUAGAAAUGGUGCUGUUCAGUUCUUUAUGAAAGAAUUUGAAAAAGCCAUGGAAACUUACCAAGCGGGGUUGACGUAUGAUCCUCAAAAUCAAGAACUGCUAGAUGGUGUGAGGAGAUGUGUAGAACAAAUGAAAAAGACAUCACGUGGCGAUCUAACUCCAGAGGAGCUCAAAGAGAGACAGGCCAAGGGAAUGCAGGACCCAGAAAUUCAGAACAUUCUAACCGAUCCAGUAAUGGGACAGGUACUAGCUGAUUUCCAGGAGAACCCGAAAGCUGCUCAGAAACAUAUGAAGAACCCCCUUGUCAUGAACAAAAUCAAGAAGCUGAUUAGUGCAGGAAUUCUUCAAGUCAAAUAA